GCCACCUCCGGCCCGGCUCGGCUACUUCCGGCCUUGCUCCGAUGGCAGAGGGACCAGGGACGGGAACGUGAUACAUUGUGUGGAACCAGUUGACGUGGCGAUGAACAGUAACGUGCCUCAUCCACUGUUUGGAGGCUCCUUCGAAGCAAUUAUCCCCCCUCACUCAGUCGAUGUCAGUGAAAUGCGUGAAGUCCCUGAUAACCAGGAGGUGUUUGUUCACAGCGACACAGACCAGAGCAUCAUCAUCGAGCUGCUGGAGCACCAGGCUCACGUUGCUGAUCAGGAAGCAGCCAGGUACCACUUUGCUGACCUCGCGGGCAGUAACGAUGCAACGGGGGUGGACGGUGCAGAGAUUCUGAGCGUGGAACCCGUCAGCAGUGAGCAGCUGACACUGCAAGAUCCCAGCAGCGCCUGGUUCCUCUCCGGGAGGCAGCAGGUGGCAAAGUUCAACGAGGAGGCUAGGAAUACUGUGACAAUUCACCUGGCCCUGUUCAGACUCCCACAGUACUCCACUGAUAUCCUCAUUACAUUCAAUGAUCCCACAGUAAUCAGUCCUUUUAGCAGUAGCGUGGGUGGGAGCUCUGCGCAGGCAGGAGAUUCCUCUGCCAGCGCUGCCCCCCACUGGACCCUGGAGCAGUUCCGAACCAUCAUCCAGUCCUUCAGGCUCCUGGAUCCAACCAUCUUCUCCUGAACGCACGUGCCUUGUGGUCAGACCUCACACCGUGGAGAUGGCGAGAGUCUCGUUCCUCUUCCGCUUGCACACCGAUUGAGGCAAACCCUAUUGUGGACGGAUAUGUGGACGGAUUUUGCAGUCUUGGAAGGACGCUUUCAUCGAAAAAGGAUGAGGUAUCCAUGCUGCUAGAUCGUACAGGCCUGUGGAGGAAUAGGGGGAGACCACUCAGACCCGGAUCGACCUUCCAUUGAAAUUCACGGCUGGUCUGUGGUCAUCAAAAGGAAAAUAUCAGAUUUAAAAUUCGACAAUUGACCCUGCAUCAGUGAUAUUUGUGGAAGAGAAUUCCAAAUUUCCAUCUCCUUCACUUUGUCAAAGUGAUUGCUCCUGAAAGGGCUGGAUCACAUUUUCAUUCUUUGCCUCUGAGUCUGGGAUUUUCCAACCCCCCCCGAAGCAAUUUCUCCCUCCCCAUGGUGUUUGUUUCUCUCGAUAUCUUGAAAGCUUUGAGGAUGCCACCCUUUAAUCUUCGAAAUUCCGUAAGACAGACGAGCAGAAAUUAGGCCAUGCAGCCCAUCCAAAUCCAUGAACAGUUGCGAUGUUGCUGUGAAAACAUCGAACCAGGGCAGUGAAUUGUGAAGCCAUGUUUGCAGACUGGUGUCUGUCCACCUGCAUGAUUGUACUUCACUCUGAUUAAUCCCUUAGUGAUGCUUCCCUCGUCCAGUUAUACUUCUCAAAGGUAAACCAGAAGGGUUCUGAUCCCAUCCAACUCCGAUCUUCCCUGUGGGCUGGUGUUUUCACAGACCCUGGCACUUUCCCAAUCACCUCAAUGCCACCCCCUCCCAGUAGCUCCUUCCUCCUUCACCCUUUGCCCUUGCUCAUGCUGCGCCCGGAAUCUCCUGCCUGAUUCAUCCACCACUUGUGGCAGUGGAGAGAGGGCCAUGCCCUCACCCAGGAGCCUGUCCGUCUCAGGCUGUGCUGAAAGCUGUGUUGUGUCUGGGUACCCUCAGGGCUGUUAG